UGACAUUUCGGCUUGGCUUAAUAAGAACACUUCUUGUGGGUUCACUGGGAUUAUAUUCAGUCACAUAGAGAGAGAGAGAGAGAGAGAGAUGCUGGUGUCUCUUGGCAUUCACCAAAAGCCAUAUUAAGGUAUUAAGUAUAUAAAUGCAAGGGACUUGUCAAUGAAUAUGGAUAAGGAAGGGGGAUAAGGAAGAGGGAUAAGGGGAGAAUAUAUAGGAGGAAGAAGAAAAAGACACAAAAAUAAUCUUCAAGCUCAAGCGACAGCCAGCCAUGGUGAUCCAGAGGCUGGAAAUGUGUAUAGAGCUGCUGAAACUGGCCCUGGAGUUUGUCCUCGUUGUAGCUCAGGCAGUGGAGAUAGCCCUUCAGCACAACAUGUCUCCGUUCACCAGCUCUUCGGCUUAUAGCAGUGCUCCGGUUCAUUUUGUUGGUUUUCUUCCUUAAGUUAUAUUCAUCAUUUUCAUGUCUCAUGUAAAGCUUCAGGUUGGUACAAAUUAAUUAAUUGCACUUUUUUAAGAGCUUGAUUUCCUUUUUCCAGUAGAGAUUUGUAGCUUUAUUCAUUUGUGAGAAAAGUCUACCCAUAUAUAUAUGCUUGUGAAUUUAGUCAUGGAAUUUUUUUGGCCAUAUGAUUUACAACUCAUAUGGUAAUGUUU